AUGAUUGAUCAACAUGGGCCUGAAGCCUGGUAUAUGGGUCUUCCCAGAUGUACUCGCACAUUUAUCACAGUUCUUCUUGGUCUUACUUUACUUUCAUUCUUUAAGGUCCUAGACCCAUACAAACUUUCACUAAACUGGGAACUGGUGUUACAAAAAUUCCAAAUUUGGCGCCUUGUUACUUCAUUUCUAUAUGUCGGACCCUUUUCACUCAGGUGGAUAUUUUUUAUCCUCUUAUUUUCACAGUUUUCAUCCUCACUCGAGAAUAACUCAGUGUUUUUGCACUCUCCUGGAGCAUACCUCUACUUUCUAUUCGUUCAGUCGAUUUCGCUCGCCUGCAUUAGCGCUGCCUUUUUCUGGCCAAUCGGAUACCCUUACUUGGCCGAUUCUCUACUGUUCGCAAUAAUUUAUUACUGGUCAAAGAGGGAUAUGUGGACGAUCGUUUCGAUAUACUUCUUUAACGUUAAGGCCUAUCAACUUCCAUUUGCACUACUUUUCUUGCACCUAGUUAUGGGCUCAUCCCUGUGGGUUGACAUUAUGGGCAUGAUAUCAGGCCACCUGUUCUACUUAGUUCGAGAAGUUUUGCCAAGCAAAGAAGAUCCGCUCACCAGGGAGGGUCUAGAUUCCGGUACGAUCCAAGACCACCUGAACCCAGAGGACGAAUUUUUAUUGGCAGAGGAAUUAGAUUGGGUGACUCAUAAUUAUUUUAAAUGUAACAUAUAA